AUGGCUGAAGAUUACACCAGAGGAGGAGAAUGGAAAGGAGACGACGGAUCAGAAGAGGAGGAGGAAAGACGAGGAGGAGAGCGGUACGGUGACAUGGUUCCAAGCACCAUCGCAGGGAAGAUCUUUGGUUCCAUCUGCUCUCUCAGCGGCGUGCUGGUGAUCGCCCUCCCAGUGCCGGUCAUCGUGUCCAACUUCAGCCGGAUCUACCACCAGAACCAGAGAGCUGACAAGAUGAGAGCCCAGCAGAAAGUGCGUUUGGCUCGAAUCCGAAUGGCGAAAAAAGGAACGACCAACGCCUUCCUCCAGUACAAAGAGGACCACACUGUUGGAGACAGAGACAGCGACAGCACGGCCCUGUGUGUGAAGAACAGAUCGGCGUUUGAACAUCAGCACCACCACCUGCUGCACUGUCUGGAGAAGACCACGAACCACGAGUUCACCGACGAGAUGAACUACAGCGAGCUCUGUAUGACCGAGUCGGUGGGCUUCAGGACCAGCCGCAGCACCUCCCUCUCCAGCCAACAGGGGGCGCAAAACAACUCCACAGGAUGCUGCCCCCACCGGGUCCGGAGGAGAGCCGCCAUGCGACUGGCGAACUCCACGGUGUCUGUGAGCCGCGGAAGCGUCCAGGAACUGGACACCCUGCAGUUUAAAACCACUACCAUACCGCACCAAACUCGAUCCAGUCUGAACGCCCAGCCUGACGACCUGAAGCUGAACUGUGGCGAGCAGGAUUUCACCGCCGCCAUCAUCAGCAUCCCCACUCCUCCCGCCAAUACGCCGGAUGAAAGUCUCCCGCCAUCGCCGGCCCCCAUCCCCGGCAUCCUGCGGAACACCCAGGCCACCGCCUACACCCACGAAAGCUUCAAAAUCUCCUCCUUAUAACCUUUGACUCCUCCUCCCCUGAUUCAGAGCCCCUUCAAUAAUCCUCCCCCCUCCGUACCUCUGAUCCCGGAUCUGGGGAACCACAGGCGAACAGUUGAGACCACUCUGAUGGAUCCUGGAGCUGCUGGAAGUUCAGAAUGAGCGCAGAAAAGAAGUGAACGCUGCAGAACCGUUGGAGAAAGACUCGUACCGGGAAGAGGUUUGGGUAGGAGGAGGUUCCUCUGCUUUUCACACACAGUUCAUCCUUAGAGGUCUUGGUUUGGUACCGAUCCGGGGCUGGAUCACCCUGGACUGUCGGGAACCAGCUGCUGCUUUGGUUUCUUCUAGAUUCUUCCCAAUUCUUUGUUUAAACAGGAAAAUAGCUGCUCAAGUCUUCGAUUUUCCUGCCUCCUGCUACAAGCUGAGCAGUGUUUAAGUCAGAUGGAAAGAUGAAUCCUCAGGAUUUCCAGCAUUUUUGGAAUAUCUCCUUAUUGACCUGAAUGAUUUGGCCAGUUGGUUCUGAAGGAAAAAAAAAACUCUCAGGAACCAGCUGCUCCUCAAACCGACGGACCUGAACCGAACUGAGCUCAUUCCGUCCCUCUGCAGCAGAAUCAUCUGAACUUACUGAAGGGCCUUUGGAUGGUAUCAACAGGCUCCAAUCCGAACUGCUCCGGUCCGGCUGUAGCUCAGAAGUGUUCGAUCCGGACCAGGGAGCUUCUACUCUCUAAAAUAUGCAACGUUAGGAAACCAGAACCUCAUCAGGAACAGUUUAAGUCUCCAGUGAUCGCUGCAGGGAACAAACCGACACGGGGAGGAAAUGUUUUCACCGAGAGGAAACGACUGAAGCUCCUCAGCUGAAGGUCCCGUUGAUCCGGUGGACGUGUGCUUUCCU